UUCCAAACACUUUACUUUUUGGGUCUAAUUGAUUGUCGUUCAAAAUGGGUUCAAUUGAUUAUGCCAAUGGCUCGACAAAUGGGUCAGCGAGUUUUCAGCCAAACAAAGCUGCAAAGGGAAAGCCUCAAUGGGGUUUCGACACCCUUCAGGUCCAUGCAGGCUUGGAGGAUGACCCUAGAUAUGGCCAUAUCACUCUCCCGAUCUACAACACUGCAUCCUUCAAAUUUAAAAAGCUCGACGACCUGAAUCAUGCAUUGGAGGACAUUUCAUCUUCUCAAAACCACCUGUACACCCGAGUGUCAAACCCUACCCAUGACGGCUUUGAAAGACGCAUAGCAGCCCUAGAGGAUGGCGUUGAAGCGCUCGCUUACGCUUCAGGCGCAGCCGCUGUACAUGGCGUCAUCGUGUCAUUGGCGGGGAAGGGUGAUAAUAUCAUAGUAUCAAGCGGCCUGCAUGGAGGAACAUAUAAACAGUUUCGAAAGGCUGUAACACAGCUGAGCAUAGAUGCACGGUUCUGCGAUACUAACGAUCUGGAGCGUGUCAGAGAGUUAGUUGAUGACAAAACUAAAUUUAUCUUCGUCGAGUCGUUGGCAAACCCUAAGCUCUCGAUCCCCGACUUCGAAGGACUCGCGGCAAUUGCGCAUGCCGAUGACGUGAGAAUCCCGCUUGUAGUGGACGCAACUCUCACAGCCAGCGGAUACUUCUGCCAGCCCGCCAAAUUUGGCGCUGAUAUUAUCGUGCAUUCUGCUUCCAAGUGGAUCGGUGGACACGGCACCACCAUCGGCGGUGUCGUCUUGGAGACUGGCCGUUCAGACUGGCAGGCGAACAGGGCUCGGUUCCCACGGCUGUAUGGAGAGGAUCCGGACCUGACUAAAUGGGGAGUCGGCCAAGACAACUGGUACGAAGCCUCUGGAAACAGGGCAUACAUUCAGUAUCUUAAGACUGAAGUCAUGCGUGAUACUGGACCGUGUAUCAACCCGUACGCUGCUCAGCAGCUUUUCAUUGGGGUAGAGACGCUCUCCGUGCGUUGCGAGCGCCAGGCCCGAAACACGGACCAAUUAUCCCGCUGGCUGCGUGCCCAUCCUCGCGUCGCAUGGGUUGGCUACCUCGGAUUCGAAGAUCACCCAUAUCACCACCUAGCACAGAAGUACUUCCAGCGGGGCUUCGGCACAGUCAUUACCUUCGGCCUCAAAGGUGGCGGUGAAGAGGCCCAGAAGGUAAUCAAUGCCUUCAAGCUGAUCAUCAUGACAACCAACAUUGGAGACUCUAAGACACUCUGUAGCCACCACUGGUCAGGAGUCAACAAGCACUACACACAGGAAGAGAACGACGCUAUGGGCGUGACAGAGGAUCUGGUCCGCCUCUCUCUCGGAAUCGAAGAUGUCCAGGACCUCAUCAGGGACUUUGAACAAGCUUUUGAUCGUGUCAAACCAUAGCGAAGCAAGACGCAAGGAAGCUGGUAAAACCUGUUGUCGAUGAUGUGUUAGGCAAUUCCUCUCUUCUUGUUUCAUUUUGGUCGUGGCACUAUCAAAAGGUUGUCGUCAUCAGCAUAG